UAUUGCUUUUUGGCAGUCCUUCGAGUUUUCGAGUUUAUUGGUGUUUAUUUCAUUUAUAAAUAUAUCAAAACGAAACAAAUAAUUGAAUAUCCUUAGCAUGUUUAGCUAUGCUAGGUCAUUAUACAUUUAAAAGUAUUAAAAAUGUGGGUAAAACCUCAAGAAAUAUUUUUGAAGACCCCUUUGUGGGAUAAUGAUGAAACUACACUGUAUUUCGUUCUGCAAAGAAGAAAAGGACAUGGAAAAUCGAAAGGACUAUCGUCGCUUCUGGUGGGUACAUUAGACAGUGUACGCGAUACGAAGCCAGCUCCUUUUAGAAUAUUACAUCAAACGCCUAAUUCUGAAAUCUACUAUGUCAUUGCAACAGCAUUAACCGAGCAAGAGAUACGACAAGAUUGGCAGUGGCUAUUUGAUAAUGUAAGCGCAACUUUGCAUUCAUUCGAUUCUGAAGAAGAAAUAACAAAAUUUGUCUGUUGCAAAAUCAACUCUAUCAUUGCAACCGAGCAAGAAAAUUUUACUGAAGAUGAAGAUACCAUCACAUAUAAAAAUGUUGUCUAUGAAUUUCAUCAACGAUUUUCAAUGCCAAAGGACGAAAAAUUGGUCUGUUAUUAUUCUUGCAGUUAUUGGAAGGGUAAAAUGCCUCGUCAAGGUUGGAUGUAUCUUUCCGUUCACUACAUGUGCUUCUAUUCAUACAUAUUUGGUCGCAAGACGGCACUGAAGAUACGUUGGGCGGAUGUCACUGAGCUCGCUAAAACAAACAGCUUACUAUUCCCCGAUUCAAUUAAAAUGGUAACGAGGGACGGUGAACAUUAUUUUACUAUGUUUUUAAAGAAGAAUGAAACAUUUGCACUUAUGCAGCAAUUGGCAAAUAUUGCAAUGAAACAGUUAAUUGAUGAUAAGUCUGGUUCGUUUAACAUUGACAAAGAUUUGCUAACUAAGUUGAGUAAAAAUGUACCCAAAAAGCCGUCUUUUCUUAAACGAGAUUUAGACGCAAGGAAACAAUCGAAUUUAUACACGUUGCGUUUUCGUUUGCCUCACACGGAAAAGUUGGAUGGAACUGAGGAAUGUACGCUGUGGACGCCGUAUAAUAAACGACAUAACUGGGGAAGAUUGUAUUUGUCACAGAAUUUCAUUUGUUUCGACAGCCGAGUACGUCAUCUUGUCCGCCUAACUAUACCACUCCGUAACGUCCACCAAGUGGAACGUGCAGAUUCAGGCGGCACGGGGAGUUCGGGAGAUUCAGGCAACAUCCUCAUCACAACCGCCCAUCACACCAGCUUCCUCUUCGGGAACAUAUCCGACAGGGACUUCCUCGUUCACAAGAUGUCGGAGUUGCUCGCUAAAUUGCCAAAUGAUGUGUACAGGGAGAAGCCGAAGACGCAAAAGCAUAACGCGAGCGAAGAAGAAAACUGGACGCCGCAACCUCCUCUCAUGAUACUGUUCCGGACUCAUCAGACCUCGACGAUCAAGCAGAUACAGCAGAAGAAGGAAAAGCAGUGGGAGGAUCAUAUGGCUGAAGUCGGCCGCGGCGUCAGCAUGUAUCGAACCACCGAAGGAAGCGAGUUGGUCGUUAACGGUAUACCGGAAUCUCUUCGUGGCGAACUGUGGAGUGUGUUCUCAGGGUCUAUUUUACAAAAAGCUCAGAACAAGGGUCUCUACGAAAGAUUGGUGAACGAGGCCUUGUCAUCGAAGAAUCAAGCGAAUGACGAAAUAGAGAGGGACUUGCAUCGCUCUCUGCCCGAACAUCCUGCUUUCCAGAACGAUGUUGGUAUAUCAGCAUUGCGUCGCGUGCUCUGCGCAUACGCGCUGAAGAACCCCACCAUCGGGUACUGCCAGGCGAUGAACAUCGUGGCCUCCGUGCUGCUCAUCUAUUGUCCAGAGGAGCAGGCCUUCUGGCUGCUGGCCACCAUCUGCGAGACCUUGCUGCCGGACUACUACAACACUAGGGUCGUAGGGGCGCUGGUCGAUCAAGGCGUUUUGGAAGAACUUACAAAGGCUCACCUCCCUGAACUUCACGCUAAAUUAGACGAACUGGGGGUGAUGAAAAUGAUAUCCCUGUCGUGGUUCCUGACUCUCUUCAUCAGCGUGAUGCCUUACGAGUGUGCGGUCAAUGUGAUGGACUGUUUCUUCUAUGACGGCGCUAAAGUCAUAUUCCAGGUGACCCUCACGAUUCUGGAUAUAAACCGAGAGAAACUACUGAAGUGUAUAGAGGACGGGCAAGCGAUGCAGGUCUUAAGUGACUAUCUUGAAGGCAUUUACAACGAGGAGGCAAUGGCCUUGUCCACCGAACCUCGAACUGCACAGAAGACUAUAAAAAUUCAAGAGCUCGUGUACCAGUCGUACCGCUCAUACGGCGCCAGCGUCAGCGGAGAGACCAUCGAGCACUUGCGACUAAGACACCGCCUGCGGGUCGUGCGGCAGCUGGAGGACAGCCUGGAGCGGAACACCCUUCGAGCUCUACAGCAAGAUCGCUUAUUGGAGCCCGACGAGCUUCAGGAACUCCUAAGCGUUAUCCGCGAAGAGCUGUUUUGGGCCAAGCGCGUCCCGUGCGAGCGGCUCGAGGCUCCGUACGAGGCCUACAGGCUCGACUACGGCCAGUUCAAGACGCUGUUCACGGCCCUGUCGCCCUGGGCCAAGGGAGACUACGCUGAGGCGAUAACCGCUAGGAUGUUCAAGCUGAUGGACCACGACGAGGACGGGCUGGUGAGCGCGCGCGGGCUGAGCGUGUCGCUCGGCGUGAGCGCGCGCGCCGACGCGCAGCGCCGCCUGCGCACGCUGUACUGCGCGCACGCGCCGCCGCUGCUGUCGGCGCUCGACCUGCGCGCCGCGCGCUACACCGACACGGGCGAGGAGCUGGCCGCCGACGCCUUGUCCUUCUUCGACAGUAUAGAGAAUCCAUCCACACCGGAGCCGGCGUUGCAGCGGUCCAUAAGCGAAGUGUGCGGCGAGGGGAACCCGAUGGAUAAAUCUAUCGACAGUGCUUACGGUCAAAGCGAAAGCGCGUCGAGCGCGGAGUGGGUGCGCGCGUGCGCGCUGGCGGGGCUGCCGUCGCCGGGCGCGGGCACGCCCAGCACGCCGCCGCCCGCGCGCUCGCCGCCGCCGCUGCCGCGCGCGCACUUCCUGCGCCUGCUGGCCGCGCUGCACGACCUCACGCACCACUCCACGCCGCUGUACGAGGCCGUCGCCAGGGCCGGUACAUUACUCCUACAACUGGGAGAACUUAACGGCCAUCGACCUGCCUUGGACCGAGAAGUGUCCCAAGACAGCCUUUUCCUAGCCGCCGCUGCGCAACCUACCAUUGAGGUUGAUCCCAAUGGUAAUAAUCCUGAGAUCACCGAAGACAGGAGACCCAUCCAGCCAUCACCUUCAAAGGAAAGUGAUCCUUCCGAUGAAGACACAUGGUCCAUAACACUAGAACAAUUUCUAGCUACAAUGUUAGCUGAGGCAUCACUAGAGGAGUUCUUCAAUAAGCAAGUACCUCUAAUGCCCUUUUUGGAAGCACUUAGGCAACGAGAUAGGUUGCAUUCAGUCUCAUAGUUGAUAGCUACGCUUGAUUGAUACGAAAUUUAAAGGUAAGAGCUAAGCUUUUGUAAUUGUAAAGUAUAUAUAAAAAUCCUGUAAUAAAAAGUUGUCCUAAAUUAGAACAUUGAAGUAGAUGGCUAAUCAGUGUUUUUAAAUCAAAAAUCAAGAAACAUGUUGAAAGUAUACAAAAUCCUCGUGUCUCCAAUACCUCAUGACAUACUAUUUAUAACAUAAACUUAUAAUCUAAAAAAAUAGAGCUUAGACAACAAAUUAUUUUUUCCUAUAUAUAUGAAAAUAAAAAAAAAAACCACAGAAUGAAUUUAAAAAGUUAUUUGCACAACCCUUGAGCUUUCAAUUAUUAA